AUGGCUGUUGUUGUUGCUCAACCUAACAAAUCGGACAGCGUUGACAGCUCUGCUUCUGGUGCUGGAAAUCCAAAUGCUCCAUCGUUUUUCAAAAAUUCCGAGUUGAUUGAAGAAGGAGACACCGUAAUCAUCUACGUGACAUUCGACUCUACACAUGCAAUCAUUGCACGACGGGGCCAAACACUUUGCAUGAAGUAUGGAGCGUUGCGGCACGAAUUCGUGAUAGGCAAGCCGUAA